UACGGUAUCAGCGGUAUCUAUUUAGUAUUUAACGUCGUAAUAAUAAUAGUAAUAAUAUUUCGUGAAUUGAUGCAAAUUUAUACAAUUGCAAAAUCCAUUCAUUUUCGCAACACCGGAUUCGAUCCUCUGUUACUUGUUAGACUUCGGUGCUCUGUUCGAAAUUACUUGAGUGCGUGUGUCGCGUUGUAUGGCUCGUAAAAAUAAAGAAAAUAAAAAUAUGGCUCUAUCAGCCAUGUUACGAGAUGAAGGCGAUAGCAGUGAUGACGACUACCGACGCAAACGAGACAAGAACAAUCAGGCGGUUAAAAGAAGUCGAGUUAAAAGUAGAAUGCGCACACAACAGACAUUGCAACGUGUGAACCAAUUAAAAACUGAGAAUGAUAUGCUUGAAGAAAAAAUUAAACUUUUAAGUAAAGAACUAGGAUUUUUAAAAGAACUAUUCAUGGCACAAGCUGGAACAUCACAAAUUGAACUCCCCAAAUCUGUUGACCUUAAAACAUUAUUGAGCGACACUACUUCAGACAUAUUGGAUAAUGAUUUAACAAAACCUCAAUCUUCAUCAUAAUUCUUAAGUAUAAUAUAAUUUGUUUUAUUUUAAGACCCGUCCAGAUCAAAGAAAAUUUUGUUAUUGACAAUGUUUCUAAUAUUCUAUCAUAAGCGGUAACAUAAAUAUUUAUCAACAACAAUAUCAGAAACAAAUGUUGUUCUGGACUGGACUUUAUGGGCACACCAUAUUUUAUAAGUAAAAAUAAUGUUAUAAGUCAUAUUGAUUUAAUAAUUUUUUUAAUAUUUUUUUCCCAUACCCAAGAAAAUAUUUAUUUGUUAAUAUUGAUAAGGUUAUGGAUUUUAAACAGCCUAAAUAUUUUUGUCCAAUUGUGUGUAUGUGUGCAAUAUUUAUAUUUAUUUUUUCAAAAAACUGUACAAUUUGAAAAAAAAAAUGUUAAUGAAUGUUUAAUAUGUGUAA